GUCGUUUCGCAAAUAUUUACGCAGUUACAGCUAUCCAAACGUUAAUGUGGCCUUAUUUGGUACAGGUACCUUAUUUUAUCCGUUAGAUCAAAUGAAAAAAACUUUGUAAAAUACUCAAUGGUAACUGCAAUGUUGUUAGGUUCAGGAAAGUCUGCAUGUCAAGUCCUGAAGGCACUUCUCUUUCAUGGUUAAGCUCAUUUGUUUGGGAAAUAUUUUCUCCGUCACUGAAAUCGUCGUCUGAGACAUCGGAAAUAUACAGAUCUGUGGGAAUUAUGGUCGGUGCCGAAAAAACAUGUAGUGCUUAUGGUUGGAAAGUUAUCCAGAUCGGAAGACAGAAAAAGCAAACGUAAUUAUUCUGGCAAUGUUGCUUGAGAGAUACAUACUAAACAAAGUCAUUUUCCUGCCUUAUUUUCUGAUCUAUCGCUUAAAAAUAAUCAUAAACAUGAAGACUCAACCUUGUUUUAUACUAAC